CCCACCCAAUGAAUUUCUGCUGCUCGGCAGUCUUGGCGUUCAAGGAUUAUCCCCACACCCCCACAACAGCCAAUCGUACCUGUUUAGAAGCUCGUCCUGACGUGGGUGGUAGGAACAAAUUGAGGCAAGCCCUCUCAAUUGCCCGCCUCCUUCUUCCCAUCGGUCUUGCAACUGCUACGGAAGCCGUGGACGACGACACGAUGGUGACAACUCGAUACAGCGCCAGCGCGCUUCACUUCGAUCUUCCGAACGGCGCCGCCAACAGAAAGUCUGCCUCGCCGAGAAAGCGCAAAAGCGACGUCAACCCUAGUAUCGAAAGCUCGAAAAGACAAAAGAUGAGAGAGACCGAUAUUACACGCUGGCGCUGCCUCGACGAGAAGGGGCGCCUCACAUGGCACUACCUCGAAAAUGACGAGGCCGCUGCGGAAUGGCCGCAGAGCGACGCGGACAAGUGGUACUUAGGUCUUGAUCUUGGAAUGCCCGAACUCCCCAAGCCCGAAAAACCACUCGAUGCUGUCCGCAACGGCCUCACAUUUUUCGAGAAGCUCCAACUACCGUCGGGAGAGUGGGGAUGCGAGUACGGCGGUCCAAUGUUCCUCAUGCCUGGCGUCGUCUUCGCCUGGUAUGUGACAAAGACACCCAUUCCCUGGUACAAGGCGACCGAGAUCAAGAACUACCUGCGUGCCCGAGCAAAUCCUGAUGAUGGUGGAUGGGGAUUGCACAUCGAGGGGGAGAGCACUGUCUUUGGCACAUCCCUGAACUAUACAGUACUACGCUUAAUCGGCGUCGAUGCGGACGAGCCCUUCAUGAUCAAGGCUCGAGCGACCCUCCACAAGCUCGGAGGGGCUGUAAGAGGGCCCCAUUGGGCCAAGUUCUGGCUCAGCGUGCUGGGUGUCUGUAAGUGGGAUAUCGUCAACCCGGUACCCCCAGAAGUAUGGCUUCUCCCGGAUUGGGUACCCAUUGCACCCUGGAGAUGGUGGAUCCACAUGCGCCAGGUCUUCCUCUCCAUGAGCUAUACAUGGUCCAAGAAGUGGACUUGCGAGGAGACCGAUGUGAUCCGGGCCUUGAGACAAGAAUUGUUCGUGGAGCCAUGGGAGUCAAUUGACUGGGUGGGCAAUCGGAAUAACAUCGCAGAAAUCGACAACUACCAUCCAAAGUCCUGGCUGCUGAAUACGGCUAAUUGGUUUCUGGUCAACAUCUGGAAUCCCUACUUGCGUGCGGAGGCCAUUGUAGAGAAAGCGGAAGCCUGGGUGAGCAAGCUGGUUGAUAUGGAGGACGAGAACACCGAUUUUGCCGAUCUUGCGCCUGUCAACGCGGCAAUGAACACAGUUGUCUGUUACAUUCGCGACGGACCCGGAUCGUAUACCGUACGUAGGCAUGUUGAACGUCUUGAGGAUGCUCUAUGGGUCAACAAAGACGGCAUGCUCUGCAAUGGCACCAAUGGUGUUCAGAACUGGGAUACGGCGUUUGCCAUCCAGGCCGUCAUGGAAGCUGGACUUGCAGAGGAUCCGCGGUGGCGGCCAAUGCUGACCAAAGCUCUGGGGUUUUUGGAUGAUCAGCAGAUCCGGGAGGACUGCAAGGAUGCAGAAGUGUGUUACCGCAGUCGCCGAAAGGGCGCCUGGGGUUUCAGCAACAAGGUCCAAGGAUACGCCGUGUGUGACUGUGUUGCCGAGGGCGUGAGGUCGGUCAUCCUACUACAAAGCACGCCUGGCUACCCCAAGCGUUUGGACGAUCAGCGAAUUUUUGAUGCAAUUGAUACACUCCUGACGUACCAAAACUCUUCGGGGGCAUGCUCCUCCUACGAACCCACUCGAGGUGGCGAGUGGAUGGAGGCGCUCAAUGCGGCGGAGGUCUUUGGCAAGAUCAUGGUCGAGUAUGAAUACGUCGAGUGCUCAACGGCGGUGAUUACUGCCCUGUCGCUCUUCAGUCAACACUGGCCCGAUUACAGAACUGAUGAGAUUAAGCGCAUCAAGACCGGAGUUCUUGCUUUCAUCAAGAGGUCUCAGUACCCACACGGUGGUUGGUACGGCUCCUGGGCCAUCUGCUUCACCUACGCCACCAUGUUUGCACUCGAAAGUCUGGCCAGCGUCGGUGAGACAUACGAGAACAGUUCCUAUGCCAAGAAGGGAUGCGACUUCCUCAUCGCAAGGCAGAGGGAGGAUGGUGGAUGGUCAGAGAGCUACCGUUCAUGCGAGCGAGAUGAAUACACCGAGCACCCCUCAGGUUCGCAGGUAGUCAUGACAGCAUGGGCAGUGAUUGCACUUAUCAGAGCCGAUUACCCUGACAUUGAGCCUAUUAAAAGGGGGAUCAAGCUCAUCAUGGACAGGCAGCAGCCAAAUGGGGAGUGGCUGCAAGAAGCCAUUGAGGGUGUGUUCAACAAGAGCUGCAUGAUCAGCUACCCCAACUACAAAUUUACCUUCACGAUGAAAGCGCUGGGCAUGUUUGCCAAGAAAUAUCCAAAUGAGACGGUUGUUUGAGCAUGCCUGGACGGCAAACACCAACAAAAGAGAAGAAGCAUUUGCGGGUGGGUUAAAAAGACCAGGUCCACAGUGAAUAGAUCCCGAAAGCGCCAAACCACACUCCAGCCAUUCAAUCUGAGGAUACAUAGAUAUACACAUCAAUUCUAAUGCUAAUUAUCACAUCACUAGGUUUAGGGGCUUCAAAGGAUCAGGCUGGAGUUCAGUCUGGUGAUUGGCAUGUAACAAACCAGGGUGUUCGUAUAAUUAGUUAAACGAGCAUCCUCUGCAGUUAUAAGAUCAUCUCAAAAUAAUAUAUCCCCACUCAUGACAUGUUGCAUCGUGCCAUUCAUUGCCUUGUUGAGCAGUCAGACACUGAAAAGGCACAAGUCUGAGGUGGACUAAAGGCGGUCGGGUUAUGACCGCCUUUGGUGGAUCCGAUAACAC